AUGAGCGCGGGGCACGUCGUCUGCACCGGCUGGCUGAUCAAGUCGCCCCCCGAGAAGAAGCUCAAGCGCUACGCUUGGCGGAAACGCUGGUUCGUGUUACGUCAAGGCCGGAUGAGCGGCAACCCCGACGUGCUGGAAUAUUAUCGGAACAGUCAUUCCAAGAAGCCAAUCCGGGUGAUCGAUCUGAACGAGUGUGAAGUGGUGAAGCACUCGGGCUCCAACCUGAUCAAGAAGGAGUUCCAGAAUAACUUUGUCUUUGUUGUGAAAACAACCUACCGCACCUUCUACCUGGUGGCCAAAUCGGAAGAGGAAAUGCACGUGUGGAUCCACCACAUAACCCAGAUCUGUAACUUCGGACACUUGGAAGACGGGACAGAUUCAGGGGACAGCCUGUCCCACACGACGUCUUCCCCGCAACCUUCUCCGGCCAUUUCUGCCCACGUGUUGAGGAGUGCCAACCCGUCUCUCACCUCCGACCAUGCCAGCACCGAUGCAGCAGCAGCUGAGGAGACAGCCAGCGAGUCGGAAUCUGUCUUUCUGCCUGACUAUCUCUUUUUAUCCAACUGUGAGACUGGAAAACUCAGCCAUGUUAGGUGCCACAGUUGGUCCAAUUCUGACCGUUCUCUGGAGAGGACGUUAUCCGAUGAUGUCUUCUUUGACUUCGUGUCUUCUCAGUCCUCACUGUGCUUACAGCUUUCUGGCGGCCUGCUUCAAGAGAUGGUCCAGCCAACCCUUCAUGGAAUCCUUCCAAGAAACACAGAUUCAAGCGGACCUCCUUCUGGUGACUUCUCUUCUUCCUCGCCCUUGUCAGGGCCUCCUGCGACGCCAACCAUCCUAGCAGAAAAAAGCCAGAACACUCUACCCUAUGGCUUUACCGAAAUGGAGAUUUUGGCUAAGACUCCCCCUCCCAGGCCACCAAAGCCCUCCCACUUUCCGGACAGAAGAGCUGAAGAGCAGGCUGGUGUGGUCCUUCAGAAUGGACACGCAAGGAUCUCCAGCUCUCCAGGGAUCUUCGUUCCAAGGAGGAUUUCCCUCUCUGGACUGGACAGCAUGAAGAAUUGGAGAGCAGACAUGGAAGAAAAUUCUUUACGGCGCAGGGAUAAGAGGUUGAGCUUGAACUUGCCUCGCCGAGUGAGCCCUCUCUACUCCUGCGCGUCCAGCAACACCGAAGACAGUUACGUCCCCAUGCACCCAAGCACCUCCCCUCCUAUCGCAGGAACUGACUGCACCCCUGAUGGCUACAUUCCCAUGAACCCAGGAUCAGCUACGUUCGCUCUUGCCGAAGUUAGCACGGAAAAGCUCACCAGCCCCUUGCCUGAGCUCCCCUUGGAUUUGGAACCCCCGCCGGUGAACCGAGAUCUUAAGCCUCGGACGAAAUUCCGACCGCCUCCGUUGGACCUGCGAAACCUUUCCACCAUCAGAGAACAUUCUGCCUUAACCAGGACAUGGACUGUGCCUUACAAUCGAACAAGCUUUAUCUCUCCAGAAAGAGACUGCAUUAAUUCAGCAAGGGUAUUUGCUGCUUCAGUUUCCGGAGAAGAGGAAGGAAGUUACAUUCAAAUGGAGCACCAACAAGCAACAUCCCCAUAUAAUGGAGAUUUCCAAUCGCCAAAGAAGUUUAACCUUGACUACUUAGCACUGGAUUUUAAUUCUGCUUCUCCAUCUCCUGUACAGAAGAAACCUUUCCUCUCUGAAGAACAACGAGUGGACUACGUUCAGGUAGACGAGCAAAGAACUCAGGCUCUGCAAAAUACGAAACAGGAAUGGACAGAUGAGAGGCAAUCCAAAGUGUGAAGAGGAGAAGGCAUGGAUUGGUUCCUUGGUUAGCUGGAUUUUUUGUUUUUAUUUUUGCACACCAAAAUCGGGUCAUUUGAACGAUGGAGCAGAGACUGGAAUUGUUGCAGAGCAGAAGAAGACAUCUGAUAGUUGCUGUCCUCGUGUUGUGAGGAUGGUCACAGAAGGAGCGGGUCAUCUGUAAAAAGAUUGGGGUGCGGUUGAUCGGAAUGACAUCCUUUCGUCAUUUCCUUCAUUGCUUCUUCCAGUUAGUAUCUGAAUGGUACCCAUGUUAAAACCUGAACUUGACUUCUUUGGACAUUAGCAGGAACAAAAGCCUCGCAGUGUCAACAUUCAACACUGUAGUUACUUGUGACUUUUUUUUUCUCUACAUCCUGGCUACUUAACAGAAGCUAGAUCUAUUAUAGCAGCUGGUACUGAUCGAUGCUAGGAAAAUAAGGGCUAAAUAUUAGAAGUUAGAGAAAGUAACUGGUGGGAGGGGAAGGUUUAGGUUUUUUGAUAUAAAAUGUUUGCCAUUUUCCUGACUAAAUCCAAGAGUGUAAAUACCACUUCUUUUUGCCAGUGGAACUCAUCUACAGAGAGUAAAAUCCAUCACUUCGUUUGUCUCUUUGUUUGUAAAAGCCCCAGAGGUGCAUUGGUUAGGCAUGCAGUAUUGCAGGCAAACUCUGCCAACAGUCUGGAGUUUGAUCCCAACCGGCUCAAGGUUGACUCAGCCUUCCCUUCUUCCUAGGUUGGUAAAAUGAGGACUCAGAUUGUUGGGAUGGGGCAAUAUACUGAUUCUGUAAACCGCUUAAAGAGAGUGAUAAAGCACUAUGAAGCGGUGUAUAAGUCCAAGUGCUAUUGCUAUUGUCUCCUCACUUGGGCAGAAUUGCCUUAAGCUGCAUCCACAGGCUUCCAUGUUGUCACUUUCAAACUUUGGGACACUGUUAAGCUAUUUUUCUAACUCCACCAUGUUUGGAGACCACCCAAAGGCUGUGUCUGUGCUACAGGAAGGAAAAUGCUAGCCAGUUUCUGGAUUCUAGUAGGCAACCAUACUGGAUUUCUGCAGGGAAGUCCUCGGUCAAAAAAUCAUGAUGAGGGCUAUGAUUGUGUAUAGAAAGUCUUGUCCUUUUUUUAAUGUGCAUUGUGACCUCCCUCUUGAUUUUAUUUUUUAUUUUUUGGUCCCCCGGCAGAUAUUCCUGGAUCAGUACUUGAGAUUUUGUUCCUUUGUUGAGUGUCACUAAUGCUAAGAAUUCUUCGAAUGAAUCUGACUGAAACAUUUAGCAUUAAAAUAUUUACUUCUGAUUUAGUGUUCCC